UUAGUUUCACAAGCCGUGCAUAGAUGGCGCUGACGUCAAAAAGUAAAAUUUUCAUUAGGAGCGAACUUCGCGUCGUACUUAUUGAUUUUCCUCUCCGUACUGACUUCGCAUUCUUCUUUCAUUUCCUCGCGAGCUCUCCUGUAUACCUUAACACUAAAUAUCCCAGUAAAUGUAGUUAAACAAUUCUAAUAAUGUCCUUAUUUAUGAUUUGACGAAUGAAGUGUCCUUUUAUUUAGUGUUUUUUGUUAGUGGGGAUUUUUUUUAUGCUAGUGAUGGGAGAUUUGGGAGCAGUGGUGAUGGUGGCCAGAUAAAGGGAUAUGCCGAAACGCAUCCCGUUUCACGUCGUGUACGCAACAAGUGAGGACAGCGCGUACCCAGCAUGCGAGCUGAACUCGCAGGGCCCGGCGGCGCGCGGCUGGCGCUCCGCGGGCGGCCCGCCGCACGAGCUGCUGCUGCGGCUCACCAGCGUCGCCAGCGUGCACAAGCUGCAGCUCCUGGCCCACCACCAGCUAAUCCCAUCAAGCGUGGAGGUCCUCGUAUCCGGCGGCCUGGUGUCCGAGGGCGCUGCUACGCCCUGUGGAGCCACCUACACCAGCGUGGGCCGCGUCACACUCGCCAGGCCUGCGCCACAGGCCAGGACCAGGGAACUCAGAUCGGCAGCUCUUCCAGAACCUACCAUCGCUCGAUUCGUGAAGCUGAAACUCACUGGCCCGCACCCACCGGCAAACGAUAACGACCAGGUAGCACUAAUGGCAGUGAACGUGCUGGGCGAGGAGGUGGAGGACCUGGAGAAGUCGCCCGUGUCCAACAAGGAGCUGUGCUACUCACCCUACGACGACCUCGCCUUCGUCAUGUAUGUUGACACCGAGAUCGCCGACCUGGUCAGGAGCUUGGAUGAGAAGAAACGGGUCGCAGUGUGUGAAGAGCGAUUCGAAUACGCUCGGCGCCUGAAGUCAGCAGGCGCAGCGCUGGCGGCGGCGGGCAUCAGGGUCGGGCGGUGGCGGCUGCGCAAGCGUACGGCGGCGGCGCGCGACGACUUCGAGCUGGCGCGGCGCAUGCGGGACCGCAUCGCGGACGCGCUCGCCGGGAUCAAGGAUGAUCCGGCGCUCAUGAGGCUGUUUGAGGAGGAAGGGCCGGACACCCGCAACGACUCGUCCAUGGCGCAAGAGUAUGAUUUCUCCCACCACCUGUCUCCGUCCGUGGCCACCGGCGCGCUCAGCCUCGACAUCCCGUCGCCCGUGCCGCCCCUCGAUGAGCCCGACUGCCAGGAACAGGAACAGGAAGAAGAUGAACAUGAUGUCCUAAGGAGAGAAGAGAUCCAGAGGAGAGAAGAGACCCAAAAGAGAGAUGAGGUCCUAAGGAGAGAAGAGAUCCAGAGGAGAGAAGAUACCCAGAGGAGAGAAGAGACCCAAAAGAGAGAUGAGGUCCUAAGGAGAGAAGAGAUCCAGAGGAGAGAAGAAGAAGAGUUGAGGAAAGAGACUGAUAGUCCUAGGAGGAGUAUAACGCCUAACGCUGCCAAUGGCACUUUGGUGCGGCGGAGGAAUAAAAGCGCGGGGCCUAGAUCUACCUUCGAAGCGUAUGAAGAAAGACUACUUCCAGCAUUGAGACAUUCUCACACGAAUGAGUACCUUCGCGAGGCGCGCGAGGAGGAUUGCAGCGGCGGCGGCAGCGCCUCCUCCCACCCGCGGCCACCUCACAAGCUCAACGAGCGGGAACGCAAGCAGGCUGCCUUGCCCAUACUCAUCUUCGGCUAUCCUAUUGUAGAAAAAUUCUAUUCCAAAAACUACCUGGAUAAGGAGGAAGGAUUGGCACGAUUGCGCGCCGAGCUGACAUCUCCAUCCAACGGCAGCACGAAAACCUCACCCAACAAGACGGCGCGAGCGGCGGCCCUGCUGCUGCAGCGGGCCCUCAGGGACAAGGUGUUCUCGGUGUACAGCCAGGCCAACGAGGUCCUCAAGACACUCUUCCAGGAAUUCGUGCCGAACAGGGUGUGCGCAGCUGAAGUAGGCCGGUGCCUGGAGAAGCUACUUCCAGAGCUGCUACGCGCCUGCGGAGACCCGGCGCCCAGAGUCCACUCCACCGCGCAGCACACCGUGCUCACUGUCGCUGACUGCCCGCAAGUCAGGGCGCUGCACAUAAUUCCUCAACAGCUGGUGCGCGCGGUGCCAGCCUCCAUGCACCCGCGCCUGGCGCUCUCCCGCUUGCAGAUCCUGGAGCAACUCAUACUCAGCCACGGCAUCUCUACCGAUAAGAAUAGCGGGCUGACCGUCCGUCGUCUCGCCGAGUGCGGCGCGGCGGGCGCGCAGCACGCCGCCGGCUCCGUGCGCGCCGCGGCCGAGCGCAUCCUCCUCGCCGCCUACGCGCGCUCACCAAGAGUAGUCAGGGCUCAACUGCCGCCCGACGAUGCUGUCACGCGCCGCAAUCUCAUCUAUAGACAUUUGUUCCAACAGUUCGACAGGAUUGACAUGCAGAAAAUUCUAAACCAAGCGCCUUCAGAAGAACAGCUCCUGAAUGGCGACCAAUCAGCAUCUCACUCCGCCGCAGAAACCGCGAGCGUCGCCCAAUCCACGCGCAGCGGCACCACCAGCGGCAUGACCUCGUCGUUCGGGAUGACGUCAUCCAUCGGAGCCACUUCCUCCUACAGCCUCAAGUCCAUGGCAUCGAGUAUCAGUGGGGCUACACUGGCACCAUCCAGCUUAAGUGGAAGUUACACUACCUCCAAGUCAAAGAGCAGCCUUAAAAAAUCUCCUACGAAGAGAUAUACUCCAAGCAGAGCUGUUAAGGAUUUCGCAAACUAUCCUUGUUAUAAUAAACUGAGGUUAGACAGUGCUGUGAGUCCAAAACAUUCUCCAAGAUCCAGUGCUGCCGAGAAGGUUCAUUUCCAGGACAGGGAAGAGGAGCCACCAGUGGUGUACCGGCGCACAAACCGCAACGCAGAUAACCGCCACUCCAUGAUCCACUACGAUCACGAAAACUCCAAGCCACAACUCAAAGAACGACCCAUCACUGUUUACGAACCUCUACACUUGGAAUACAGAGACUCUCCGUCUUUAGGUUCACCUAAAAACUCCAGAAUGGACGUGCGGAGCAUGGACUCUCUGCCUAUGGAUUCACCACAAAUGUCCAGAAUAGAUUUGAGAUGUGACUCUGAUAGCAGGAGCUUGGAUUCUCCUAAAGUAAAAGCGGAGUAUUAUAGGGAAGCGGUGCUGGAAUCUCCUAAGCUGGUAGCUGGAUUAAGGAACUUACAACUGGAUGACAGUCAGAUGGACGAGAGCGGUUACUACAGCCCUGGGCGGCGGCAGCAGGCCGUGAGCGAGACGCACUUCGAGUCGUACGAGCGCGGAGCGGGGGACGUGAGCAGCGACACCACGCCCGAGCCGGUCUGCAAUACGACCUGCACUUGGUGCGGGCGACGCGUGCGCGCGGACGGGCUGGAGGCGCACUACUGGCGGCGCUGCGUGCUGCUGGCGCGCUGUCCCAGCUGCCGCGUGGCCUUGGAGGCGAGGGUGCUGCAUGUACACUUGCUGGAAGAGUGCUCAAUGGGCGAGGGAUCGUGGAAGGCGUGCGCUAAAUGCGGCGCGGCGCUGUCCGUGGGCGAUCCAGAAUACCACAACUGCAUUCCAUUAGGCAUGGACGAGUGGAAGUGUCCGUACUGCCUGACGAACGUGCUGGCCCGCGACCUGCCCUGGCAGCGCCACCUCAUGCAGUGCCCUAGAAACCCACGGCUUAGCAAAACCUCGUAACGUAAGGAAUAGAUCUAAUCUGAGAUUGUUUUAUUUUCAGAAAAGUCAAUUUUCAUAAUUAUAACGCAUAGAGGGCCUUAUUGAGAGUAACGCACACAUUCAAAGGUGCGAUAGAUAGAGGCAAAUAACGCCUAUGAUUGCGCCAUCUUUGUACGAAUUUAAGGCUGUCCAUUGACUGUCCAUGUAUUGUUUUCACAGUUUGAAUUAGAUACUCAUUUAGACUUUAACAAGAUCUCAGUAGAUAUUAGAUAGUUAUAACUAAUUUAAUUAGAUAAUUUCUCUUAAAAUCAUGAAAUGAUAUGCAACUAGUUGACCGGCCAAAUUUGAACUUAAACUUCUAAUACGUAAAGUCCAUUUUGAAAUGAUUAAAAUAUGAAUUUAAAGGUAUAGGUAAUUAGAUGACAAGUUACAACAAAUAUAUAACAGAUAAUCUUGGUAGAACUUCAUAAUUAAACUUUUUUUUAAAUAAAUAUGCGAUUAAAGGGUAGUUAAUUUGUUCAGGUUUAAUAGCACGCAUAUAUCGGACAGUUUAAAAAAUGUUUAAUCUCUAAAUUAUGUUUUGGGGAAUAUAUGAAAUUUAAGGCACAGCUUUCCUCCACUGCUACCGUCCACAAUUCUAGAAUCCGUCUUACAAAUGCUCAGUUACGCUUAUAAUUUAGUAUUAAAGUUUAACAAACUCUGUCCUGUAUUUUACUUAUAAAUAUGCACUAUUUACGUUUAGAACAUGGCCAUAACUAUAUAAGUAUGCACAUUUUAGUUAAACGUUAAUAUAUUGUUAACAAAAAGUUUUUUAAACUUAGUUACAUUGUUGUUAUUAAUUUUAUGACCAUUUGUUUCCAUUAUAUUGAUAUUAUAAUGUGUUACUUACAAUCUAUGGUAGAGACUAAUUUGUUCAUUUAUUGAAGUUAGUAUUUUCCAUUAGAUGUCACAAAGAGUCAUUAGUUAAACGUAUGACCGCCAUUUUAUUUCAUUACCAGCAGUAAACUUGACAGAAUUUCGCUAGAAAUUAGUCGUUCAUGGUUUAGAGUACAAUCAAAACUUGUAGAUCAAAAAUCAAUAGCUACCAAACUGCGCGAACUAGUUUUAGUAUAGUUUUAACGUAGUCGUAAUAGCUAAUGUUAACUAGCGUAGCCACAUCACCCACUGUGAUAGGGUCGAGUUUUCGUUAAAUCAGGAAUAAAGCGCGGGACUUCGUUGACGGUUUAGAUUUUAACUUAAAUUUAAGAUUCAUAUAACUAUUAAUCAGUCCACUUCAGUUUCUUGGUAUAUGUUCGCACAUUUUGAAUUGUCGGAAUUUGAAUUUUCUAGAUUAUCUCAGUAUGUAUACACAGACCAUUUAACCACUGGAUUCUGCAUGGUCUAAAUAUUUCACAGAUCGUAGGAAUGGAAAUGAUUUCCAAGCACAGGCUUAGUUGGCGUCUUACUGUUGCGGUCAUACCCUCUUAUUCAUAAAAAUUUACAGGCCUGAUUUUGUUAAAUUAUGUUUUAUACCUUUCUUACAAAUACAUAAGUCAAAAUGACAGAUAAAGACAAACGAUUCAUAGCUAAAUCAGGCAUGUAACGCGUUUAUGAAUAACGCCAAUAGUAUUUACUAUUUUUAAUUUAUCAAACAGAUCAUGAGAGCAUAUGCAAUAUGCAAGCGAUACUAUAAAUAUU